AUGUGUGGUGAAUUAACUCAAGAAUCAUCACCUCACGAAGGCGAUUCUAGUAGUGAAAAUAUUCAUAGAUUUGGAGCUAUGACAGUUAAAAGUGAACCAGAAAAUGGUGUUGGAAGUAGUGGAAUGUUGGAAAGACAGGAUCUAAGUUGUGAACAAAUACCCGAUGAGAUUUUAAACAAUAUUCACCGAAAUGGUUAUCACCACCAACAAGAACAACAACAAUUACAACAGCACUAUCCCCCAAAUAAUUGGCAACAAACAUUUCUUCUUCAACAACAAAAUAAUCAACAACAACAACAAUUACUUUCUUCCUCUUUACCAACAUAUUCUUCUUCAACUUCCCCAUCAGCCACUUCUACUAAUUUUGAUAUUUCUUCCUCUUCAAUUGUGCCAUCAACAUAUAUUCCUCAACAACAAUUUUGUCAACAAUACCCACAAGGAAUGGUUAAUCAUUAUCAAAAUUGGUAUUGGUCUGGGGCGGCAGCAGCCGCAGCAGCUGGACAGGGAUGGAUGCAGAUGCAGCAAAAUCAUGGAGGAAAUGAAAUUAUGUGCAGAACAGGACUAUCAAAAACAGAAGAUUCAAAUCGUGAUUAA